AUGACCUCCCAUGUCAGGAGUUCUGAGACCGCUAAACGGAUCACUAGAAAUGUUGAAGAAUAUCCGGGACGCGUCCGGUUCGCGUUACCAAAGUCCGAGCGGUACACUGAGAUACUAAAAACAGAGUUUAUUAUUUAUGUGGGCGCGCUUGCGCGUGACAGGAUUGUUUCCUUUGCAUGCUUUUUUGGUUUCUUAUUCUCAAAAAUUCAUAAUAAUCACUGCAACCAAACGUCUUCUACUUAUCUUUCCGUCUCAACACACUCAUUAGGUUUCAUUUCUUGUGUUAACUGAAAACUAACCUGAAGUCGAAUGACCGCAACAAACAUUUUUCUUGAACAGUUGGUCGUAAACACAACGAUAACCAUUCGGACAUGGUUCUUCGGCGCAACUUUGCGGACUGUUGUUCAUUGACAGAAGUAGAGAUUCGCCGGAUAUGCAAGCUAAAACCAACCUUUUUUCAAGAAAAUGACUAUUUUUUCGAACCCGUGCUUUGGCAAAAUCUAACGCAUUGAUCAUGUGUCUCAAACUGAUUCUGGUUAUUUCGGCCGUGACAGGUGAUUACUUUGAAGGAUUUGCAUCUGCAGAAUUUUCACGUUUUUUUUUCUGAAUCUUUCAAGCUGAAAUAAUUUCAAAUAAAUAAAAAAUCAAUCCACAGUACCAAAAUAUGUUCACAAGGACGGUAAUUUUGAGCUGUAUGAAGUUUUCUGAGAAUAUUUUCAAACAAAUGAACAAACUUUUCUUCGAAAACAAUGCAUUUUUGGGGCUUCCUUGUCGAACCUUGACUUCUUGCUAUUCUAACUUUAAAUAGUCAUGUUAUCAAAACUCACAUUUGUUCUGAUGAGUCGAAGUAAUAUUUUGUUGCUGGUUCGAUCAUACAAUCGCCAUACCCUGGAUUAGGAGGCAGCGAACAAAUUGACUCUGAAUAAACUUUUUGAAACAUAUUCCUUAACAGUUCUUUGAUCUAAGAACUUGUUAUCGUUCUCGAAAUCUUUCUUUUUUUUGCAAUCACCAAAAUAAAUGAAACUUGUCGGCGCUCAGUAAUGAAACGGAAAAAAAAGCUCCAAUAAACGACGAAAAUUUAAUAAAUUAUUCAGUUUUUGGCGUUUUCGGUCGGUAAACUUGAUUAAAUAAACAAAUUCGUUCGUACUUGUUUUCAAGUUUGCAGGGACUGAACAAAGAUCGUGCUCUAAAAAAGCAUAUUUCACCUCUUGUUUGGCAGCAAUAGUUGAUGGGAGUAGUGAAAUGGAAGCGAUUAGCUGGAACACAUUGCCAUCCUUUCGAGCAGUCGGAACUGUCUCGGCACCAGAUUACAAGUCCUUUGCGAUCUUUUUCCGCGAGAGUUUGGUCAACGCAGUAUUCUUGGAAAACUAUUUUGUUCAGUUUUAUUUACAGAAUUACUAUUGAUCGAAUUCAAGAUUGAGUAUUUUCCUGAUUGGAAGACUUAUAAAUCUUUAUUUUUUUCUUGAGUUGCAAAAAGAAAAUCUUAUGGGAUUUUUCAGAAGCUUAUUAUCGCCCCUUGCGAUAGUAAAAAAAUUAAUAGCAAACAUAGUUCUAAGAUUCUAAAGCUUAGUCUCAUUUUUUUAAGGGGAAAACUCCAAAUUAAUUUUUUUUUAAUUCUCAAAAGGGAAGUGACUCUGAGAAAUAUCAAACGCUAACCUGAAUCUCCGCCAUAUCUAGUUGACUCAACACAGUGCAUCAAAAAGAAGAUGAAAAAACAACUUUUAAUUGGAGCCAUGAGGAAGAAAGUAGUAGACGGUCACAGUUCAAAUAUCUUCACUGUGCACCUGACCGUGAGAAAUUCUCGAGAGGGCCAGCUGGCUUCCGUCUUGAAAAACGGUUUUCUUUUCCAGAAAAUGACGAAAUUUUUCUUCGGUUUGCAAAUACGUCGAAUUUUUCGCCCCAAUGCAAAUUUUGCUCAUUUUGACAUGUGCCCGAGAAUCCGCAUUUUGUUGUUUGAACCCGCGGCGCCAAUGCAAGCCGAAAAACGCUUCCAAUAAUUUGGUAAUCCGAGGAGCAUUUGAAACUUUAAACGAAUUGUUUGAUGGGAGGCAAUAGUUACUCCUAUGUGCCUCCCUAAAUAUAAAGCCGACGGCACGCCUACAUUUUGCGGUAUGAGUCCGCCCUGCAUUCAAUUUCUGCUCGCUGCUUUGCGCAUUAUUCUCGACCUGCCUUCACAGUAGAGCCGUCGACACCUGAAAUGCCCGCCUCUCUCGACUUCAAAUGGACUUCUCCGCGAAGUUCGUUUACUGUACUCAGCACUGUAAACAAAGACUUGCCAAAACAACUCAAAAAUUAAACAAAUGACAACUUUUGCUAUUGUUGAGGUGAAAAGAAAAUGAUUACUGGCUUGUAUUGUCACUUAUUUCCAUUUUUUUGUCUUUCAAAGGAUGUAGAAAAUUAUGCAGGCUUUUAUUUAAACGCUCUCGUUUCUAUAACAAAAACGUCCCGCAAACUUCAACCUAGGUGUCUGAAAAAAAGCUGUCGAUAAGUUUUCACCUGUCGUUUCCUCGGAUUUCAAAGGUCCAAGUUCCCGUCUUCGCUUCGCCAAAACACCUCAUUUUUAUUAUUUACAAAAACAAACCAAAAGCGUUCCUCACUAAUCCUCCACUUUAUGUGACGCAUUUUAGGCGUCUCCGGCGUGUCUGGCUCAACAGCCCUGGAGGUCGACCAGAAAGUCGAAAUCGACAUGAGCAACACCUAUUGCGACCAGGUAAACUCCUGAAUUUUUGGGAAGUGAUAAAAAAAUGAUGAGUUGUCAGGUUCUCGGUCCAUUGUACUCUUACAUGAUGUUGCUUGGACUUAACCACACUCACAGCAAGGCGAGGAAUUCCGUUUGGAGAAUCCCGAUGACGAUUUACAAUUAUUUCACAAUUGUAAUCUUGGUUGGUUUUCUGAAAAACUGAAAAUCUGAAAUUUCGAAAAAAAAUAACGUUAUACUAAGAAAACUUCCCAGCUUAUUAAAAUUUUCAAGUAUGGGAAAAUAAAUUUUCUGUUCUCUAAAAAUACCUAAAUAAUCAACGCAUGCAUUUUUUACGAGGUUCUCAACGAAUGUCUCGGAAACAAUUCCAAAGACGAGAGAUUGAGGUGAAAUUUUUUUGCGUUUUUUUUCUCAGCGUCCUAUGUAUAAGCAGACGUAAUUUUUGAAUUUGGCAGCUCAACAACUAAUUUCAGGGAGCGGCGACGAUUCGCAGGAUCACCCAAGUUAAACAAAAUCCGAAAGAUUCUUCGGGAUUCCAGGGAUCUGUAUUGGACCCAACUUUUGUACUCACUUUGUGCCAUGCACUGUUGUUGUUCAGGUAACCUGAGUCAUAGUUUCGCGUAAAUAUUAGGUGCGAGCACGUCAAAAAAAAGAGAAGCUCUUUUCCAAAAGUACUCUCGAAAUUGGCCGUUCGCUUCUCUCCAAACAUAGAGGUGGACAUCAAUUCAAAAAAAAAUAACAAAUUCCAGCGGCCUCUCCGCCGCGUUCCUUCUCUUGAAGUUGCAAAAACAACGAGAGCGGAUGUACUUUGUAAGUUUUUCGUCGACUUCCGAGUUUCCAGUACAGCUGUUCUAAGGUCUUGGACCAAGGUCUCGGUCGGAACCGCAAUGAAGAGCACGACAAGCAGCAUUUCGUUCUGAACAAGUUUUUCGUGGCUUUUAGCUUCUUGUUCUCAGCUGCCAUGGCCGCAGUUCAAAUAGGUUUGUUGAAAGGGGAAAGAAAAGUAAACUCGGACAUUUAUAGCUACUAAAAUGGGCUUUAUUGGAUUGCCGGACACUCCACAUCUCAUAAAUCAAAAGUAUUAUUUUAUUUUAUUGGAGGGAUACGUGGUUCGUUGGAAAGCUGAAAAAUCAAAAACCACUUUAUUAUCCAGAUUUUCCUGGCUCAAAGUUCGAUUUCUCUUCUUGCGAUUUUGUUCUUUCAACUUUGUCGGAUCCUCCAGUUUUCUAUCAAGCGGCUGAUUGACGAAAUGGUGCCAAAAGAAAAAGAAGAGUUAGUUUUGGUCCAUCAAUACUCAUCCGCGUUUAUAGUAAAUUUUGAACUUCACAGAUCAUUGGAGUUCUGAGUAGGAUAUCUCUAUUUCUUAGUUUUUUCAUUGUAAAAACUCUUCUGACGGCAUCAUUACCGUUCAAUUUAUUAAAAGGUUUCACGGCAAAUGAUUUGCAAGGCUUUUUUCUAAUAUACGAUCUCAAUGCGAUCUUGAUUGAGCCCUUCAAAAAUUUCAUUUUAUGUCUCAAUAUUGCUGAAAAUGUUCUUAUAUUGGAUUUUUUUAAUUUUAGGUGUCCCUUACCAGAACAAUCUCUUCAACAAAUUCACGACGUCCAGAUACAUUAUCAGGAGAUUUACAAUGCCAAAUAUCUGAUCGAAGACAACUUUUCUUUUGCUUUGUUUUACACAUACGGUUGCUGUAUCCCCCUCACCUGUCUUUUGGGCUAUAUCUCCUUCCGUAAUGCUCAGGUUUUGCAUGGAAGCUUAAAAAAAGAUUAUUUUUUUGAGGCUGACGUCACGGAAACUUUCGCAGUUUUUAUUUGGCUGGUCAACACGAUGUCGACUCUUAUGCUUUUCAGUGUUCCGGCUUUUAUGAUUCAUGAAGAGGUUCAUUCUUCGAUUUUGAAUAAAUGUAAAAAAAAAAAAUCUCCAAGUUUUUUUUACAACGGCGUCAGCAGUUUUCCGGAUUUAAAUUUUCUUUCUUUCUCACCAAUGAUUCUCUAACUGUCAACAGAAUGAACUUCAAUGGGAGUUCAGGGCGAUAAACUUCUGUCAGCUUCUUUCAAAAUGUAUCAUGAAACUUUAUGUGAAGAACGCGAUCUUCUUGUUCUGGUAGGCUUUUCAAACUCGAAAAAGAUUCUUAUUUCAACUUUAGUCUCAAAUGAGUUUUUUGGCCUUCCAAAUGCAUUCUACAAAACUGACGCUAUCAGCCGCCAACUUCUUCUUGAUGAAUCGGAAAAUUUUGAUCAGCGUUAGUUUUAAAGACCCUCGAAUUCAAAAAAUCUCCAAAAAAUCUCCCUUUUCAGCUUUUCUCUGCAAUUUUCACUUACUUCUUGAUUUUGGUUCAAUUCGACACUGAUGGAAGUCAAUCACUGUGCAAUGAGACUUCUCGCGUAUUGAUCGUUCAGCCACCGUAA